GCGUUGACAAUCGUAUACCUAACCUCAAAUGCAUUGUUUGUAAAUUACAUUUUUGACAUAAGAAAAUAAAAAAGGCGAAGCAGAAUUGCUUUUUCUUCUUCUUCAUUUUGUCUGUUGUGCGAGCGAAUCAAAGUGCAAAUUCAACAUGAAUAUUAAGGAUCAAAUUAAAAUCGAUAUUGAAUGGGGACAUGAGCGGCUGGUGCGAGCACAGCAAACGGUGGAAUUGCGACCGUAUGAUGUUGAAGCUUGGUCGGUUCUCUUGAGAGAAGCACAAAAUCGGCCCGUAAACGAUGUCCGUUCGCUGUAUGAAUCAUUGGUGGCCGUAUUUCCAACCACCGCGCGCUUUUGGAAAAUAUUCAUCGAACAAGAGAUGAAGGCAAGAAACUAUGAACGUGUGGAAAAGUUGUUUCAGCGGUGUCUCAUCAAAAUUCUCAACAUUGACCUUUGGAAAUUGUAUUUGACAUACGUAAAAGAGACUAAAUCGGGAUUGAGUACACACAAAGAAAAACUCGCCCAAGCGUAUGAUUUUGCACUGGAAAAGAUUGGUAUGGAUUUGCAUUCAUUUUCAAUUUGGAGUGAUUAUGUGCAGUUUUUGCGUGGAGUUGAGGCCGCCGGCAGUUUUGCCGAGAAUCAAAAAAUCACCGCCGUUCGGCGAGUGUACCAGAAAGCAGUACUUACACCCAUCAUUGGCAUUGAAAUUCUAUGGAAAGAAUACAUUCAAUUCGAACAGAAUAUCAAUCCAAUAAUUUCGGAAAAGAUGAGCUUGGAACGAUCUCGUGACUACAUGAACGCACGUCGAGUGGCCAAAGAAUUGGAAGCGGUCACAAAAGGAUUGAAUCGCAAUCUACCCGCCAUUCCGCCCACGCUAACUAAAGAAGAAAUGCGACAAGUUGAACUAUGGAAGAAGUACAUUGCAUUUGAAAAAUCGAAUCCACUUCGCAGCGAGGACACAGCAUUGGUUACUCGUCGUGUUAUGUUCGCAACCGAACAGUGUCUGUUAGUAUUGAAUCAUCAUCCGGCGGUCUGGCAUCAAGCGGCCCAAUACCUAGAUCAAAGCUCCAAAUUGCUUACCGAAAAAGGAGAUGUAAAUGCUGCCAAAGCAUUCGCCGAUGAAGCUGCUAAUAUUUUAGAUCGUGCAAUCAACGGGCCGCUGUGCCGAAAUGCACUGUUGUACUUUGCGUACGCAGACUUUGAAGAAGGUCGCAUGAAAUACGAUAAGGUCCAUCAAAUGUACAACAAAUUCAUAUCGAUUCCGGACGUUGAUCCGACAUUGACUUAUGUUCAAUACAUGAAAUUCGCGAGACGUGCCGAGGGUAUAAAGUCGGCUCGAACCGUGUUCAAAAAGGCUCGCGAGGAUAUUCGUUCACGUUAUCAUGUGUUCGUUGCCGCUGCCCUCAUGGAAUACUAUUGCAGCAAAGAUAAGGAUAUUGCCUUUCGUAUAUUCGAAUUGGGAUUGAAGAAGUUUGGCGGCAAUCCCGAAUAUGUCAAGUGUUACGUUGACUAUUUAUCACAUUUGAACGAGGAUAACAACACCCGUGUCUUGUUCGAACGUGUACUUUCUUCGGGCGGUUUAACAUCACAGCUGUCAGUCGAUGUAUGGAAUCGCUUUUUGGAGUUUGAAUCGAAUAUUGGCGAUUUAUCGAGUAUCGUGAAAGUGGAACGUCGCCGAAGUGCCGUUCUGGAGACUCUCAAAGAAUUCGAAGGAAAAGAGACAGCGCAGCUUGUUGAUCGGUACAAAUUUCUGGAUUUGUUCCCAUGUACGGGCGUUGAACUGAAAUCGAUCGGAUAUUCACCGGAAACGGGUCUAUUUACGAAACAAUCCGUAGUGGAAAACGAGGAGGUUGUGUGUCAGCUGCCAAGACCAGAUUUCUCACAGAUGAUACCGUAUAAACCGAAAGCGAAUCCAUAUCCAUAUGAGCAUCCAUUGGCCGGAGGAACAUUUCCGCAGCCUCCUGCUCUGGCCGCACUUUGUGCACAGCUUCCACCACCGAUGUGUUUUCGUGGCCCAUUCGUUGGUGUUGAUUCGCUCAUUGAUGUAUUCAAUCGCAUCAAGUUGCCCGAAUCAUCACCAAUUCCAAAUGCCAGCGACAAUGGAUGCGACGUGAAGCUCUUUGAUCUAGCCAAAUCCGUUCAUUGGAUUGUUGACGAUGGCGCCUAUUCGGGCGAAGGUCUAAAACGGAAGAUGCUGCCAGGCAAUGAUGACAGUGAUGAUGAAACGACUACACCACGGCCACCUCCAGCACAAGAUAUCUACCGUUUGAGGCAGCAGAAACGUUUUAAUAAGUCUUAAUUGUAUACUUUGUAGCCAAAUCAAUACACAUUAAUCCAAUAAAGUUUAUUCAGACUUCAGAUGAGAACGAAACGAAUACGUAAAUUCUACCAAAAUUACUGUUUCUCACUGAAUGUCAUAUAUUCUCAUCAAUUUCAAUAAAGCUUAGUAUUUUAUCAUGAAAA